AUAAUCUUUUUUCAACAGAAGAGAAGACGACGCCAUACAACGCUGAGGAGUUGAGGAGUGAUCAGUGAUGCUGAUGCUGUUUGGCAAAAAGUGAAAUAUUGUUGAUUCUCUGUUUGUUUAUUCGUCAACGAAGAUAGAUACACAAUUUUAUUGCUUAUAACCAGCAUCAUGACGAAAAAUGGAGUGGAGUCGGAAAAUGAAUUUGAUGUUGAUGAUCCAGAAGAAGUUACAAAAGAAGUAAAACCCAAGGCGAAUUCGUUGUCCGCCAGUCGACGCCAGUCGACUCGCGUGCGUGUGUCGAGAGUGCCGGUUGUGGUGGACACGGGGUCGACCGACGAAGACCUGUCUGACGACAGCGACGACUUUGAGCGCCUGCAACCGGCUCGCAAGAGGGGGUCGGCGGGGAAGCGGACCGGGGGCGGGGGCGGCGGCCGCAGCAGAGGCAGGCCGGCCAAGAGUGCGCGCGUCUCCUCCAGCUCAGCAACAGCCUCUAACGGCCAGGCCGAUCCCGACCCAGAGACGGCCGGCUCCGACGACAACAGCAACGCAUCCGACAAUGAGCCCACUUCCACCACGCUCACCCACUCGACAACUUUUCAAUCCGGAUCUUUUGUGGUGUCCAAGAAAGAUUUCAAGAAGCUCACUGAUCCUCCACUUUGGAAAAUUGAUGGCAAGGCUCUGCUCCAAAAGUACAUUCCAUUUCAGCUUGAUGGCAAAACUCAUUAUAAAAACACUUCGGUGUAUUCCGGUUGGUCGGCUGCUACCAAAGUGAAGUACUAUCCAUGUACGGUUGUCUUCAAUAAACGAACUAAAAGAGAGAAUGUUCUUGAAUUUGUCAGGGAUAAAAUUGUUGUGGAUGAAAACUAUGUGUGUUCAGAAUCGGAGGCAGAAGGCGACGUGGAAGACGACGAUGAAGAACGAAAUGAUGGAGCAGAAGUCGCUAAUGGCACUGGCAAACAAAUUAAGGAUAAAGGUAGCGAUGAGGACAACGAUCAAGAUGACCAACAAGACAAUGAAGAUGAAGAGGAGGAGGGGGAGGAGGAUGGAGAUUACGAAGAUAAUGAUGACAACGGCGAGAAAGAAAAAGAUGAAGUCAAAGAAAGCGAUGACAAACCCAAAGAAUAAUGAAAUUUACCUGAACGAAAGUGUUCAUACAAAUCUAAAAAAAUUAUCAUGUUUAUAAAUAUUAUCUACUUUUUUAUUGUCUUAAAACUAGAGGAAAUUACCUUGUUUAGUUCGUUCAGUUCAAUUGAGAUGGUUUUGUUAUUUUAACAAUAUUCAUGAACCUCCAUCGACUGAUUGUAUUAGGUUUGUGAUUCUACAUGUUUAUAGUUUAAGUGUACUGUUCACUUUCAUAAUGUAUAGUCCAGUCAAUAAAGGUCCAAAAAAGCAGUUUCGUCCGAAAAUUAAAUAAAAUCUGAAUUUCUCACCAUCGACAGAACCCUCCCAAAGAGGUGCCAUUCUCCCAAAAGUCCCAAGAAAUCCCCCAGGAACUUUCCCCCCAGCCCCCUUGAACAUUAAAAAUGCAGGAAAUAAAGGAAAAUGAAUUAUCUCUAUAACCAUUUGAUCGGAAAGAGUUCUAUUAUAUGUCGUUCGAUUCGUUGCAUUAUGAACUACAAUACAAACAAUUUUCAUUAAAUUUUCAUGGCUAUUGGAUUUUCUGCCUGUGAUUGAGAAAAAGUCAUUUUGAGAACCUUGAAAUUUGUACCUAUUAGAAAAAUUUGCAUCAUUACUAGAAAUGUUGUUAUUUGUAAUAGUUAUUAUAGGUACUUUACAUUCAUUCUUGUGAUUAUAGACAUUAACUACUUCAUUAUAAAUCACGAUAAAGAUAGAUAGGGAAUUGUGAGAUGAGAAUAAUCAUCCACAGUUAAAUUGAAGGGGUCGGGAUGAAAUAUUGCCAAGGAACUAUUUGUAAUAGUCAAUGAACUAUGGUCAGCCAUCUGUUAGCCAAUAUGAUAAACUAUAAGUUCAUAAUGAAAAAGUUGCAGAAAUAUUACCACAGUGCUCUGUUGAUGCAUUUUCUUAUUGCCCACAACAAAGUGAACUGGAUAUUACGGUCAAGAUAGUGUCAAGCUACAGAAUCGUUCAUAUAGCAACAUGGCAUGCUAGAGAAAACUUGAGUUUAAAAGUGACACCGAGGAAUCAGAUGUUUUUUUACACAAUUCGGAUGAAGAUUCAGAUUAUAUAAAGCCAGAAAUUAUGAUUUGUAGAUUUGAUUGAAUAUUGAAAGUCCUCUAACUCAAAAUAAGGAAAAUGAGGCUUGAAACUAUUUCAUCCCGACCCCUUCAGUUUACAUAGCAUUGAUUUGAAAGCUCUAAUAAUAAUGAUUGUGAAUGGAACUGCAAUUCUGGCUCGGUAUUGCUUCUUCAUGUUCAAGUGAGAAUAGAAAGCUUCAGAAAAAUUUGUUCUCACUAUAUGUGAUAUAUAACAUUUAUAUUGGUAACAUUUGGUAAUAUUAAAACCAAAUGAGCAGAGCAACAAAUUAAUCUGCUUUCAGUUUGAAAAUUUUCAACUCAUCAGGAGUGCAGUGUUAUCAUAUAGUAUCACUAGUAGGCCUACCCUUUUAUUUUAUUUCUUCACCCGAUAUAUUCAUCCCAUUUUGGGACAAAUAAUGUCACAAAUGAUUUCCUUUCAUUUUAUUGCGAUAAAUGUAGAUAUUGCAAUACUCAAUCUACUCUAUUCUCGACAUGUGAAACUUCUAGUUGAAAGUUUAUUUAUUGUUUGUUAACUGAAUUGAUGUAUUUUAUUUCAAUUCUAUUGUUUGAAAGUUAAGUCUCCACAUUUAGUUGUUUGUUCGUAAACUUGUAAGUUGAAUUUAAUGUUUUUAUUUUUGUUGAAUUGGGAUCCCGAUUGUUCGACCUCUUCUUUUAUGAUUCUCAUUAUAAGUGUGCAAUUCCAGAUAAUUAUUAUAUAAAUUACAACUUUAUAUUUGCCGUAAUCCCUUCAUGCGAAGGACAUUAUGCAGCCUUUUAGGUACCGGUAUUUUAUUGUGUGAAGGGGUAUUUGCUUCAAAUCUUCCAUGUAUAUUAUAAAUAAUAAUUGUAUUUGCUUAUCUUUCUACCUAUAUUAACAAUAGUAUUCGCUAUCAUCACAAAGUAUAAAUGUCAUUGUUUUCAUAGAAAAAUACUAUUAUUUAUCCUUUGUCAGUAUUGUUAAAUUUUAAUUGAAUGGAGUGCGUGCGGUAAAUGAUGCAACUGAAUUGUCAGAUCAAUACCGUAAUUAAUUCAUAUUGAGUUUUUUGAUUCGAGUUUAAUGUUGGGAAUCAAGAUGCGAUGGCUUUUUUUUGCUGCUGGAUUGUCUUGUUAGUUGAAGUUUGGUUUAAGGUGAAAUUUUAUUGAGUUUUAGAUGGUAUCUCUGCUUCAAUAAAUUAGUUUAGAUCUAAUCUUCAAAUUAUGCGUUUUGUUAUUUUAGCAGAAAGUGAAACACAUUAAUUUGAAUCUUGUUAUCAAAUACACUUAUUCAUUAGUUUUAAGAUUAAUAUUAUGAAACUGUUGCUGCUAAAAUGUAAUUUCUAAUAACAAUAGGAUGUAUAAUUGAAAUAUACUUACAGCCUUAUUCUAUAAUAUUUUCAGUGUUUUCAGUUUGAGAGACAAGACAUUCUUUGUAAAGAUACAAAUUUGAUUAUUUCCUCACCUGAAUGUUUUGGUGUCAAUCGGGGGUAUAUCCUUCUUACUGCUUCAAAAUUACCAUUAUCUUGUCAUUGAAUAAAUAAAUACAAACUUUGAAAAUU